AUGGCAGCGCGUUCUUGUUCCACGCCUGCGCGCACAACCCCACCGGCGUCGACCCCACCCAGGAGCAGUGGACGCAGAUCGAGGCGGCCGUCAAGGCCAAGGGCCACUUUGCCUUCUUCGACAUGGCCUACCAGGGCUUUGCCAGUGGCGACAUCCACAAGGACGCCUUUGCUGUGCGCCACUUCGUCGAGAAAGGGCCACAACAUCUGCUUGUCCCAGUCGUUCGCCAAGAACAUGGGCCUGUACGGCGAGCGCAUCGGCGCCUUCUCCAUGGUGUGCGCCGACGCCGAGGAGCGCAAGCGCGUCGACUCGCAGAUCAAGAUCCUGGUGCGCCCCCUGUACUCGAACCCGCCCAUUCACGGCGCCCGCAUCGCCGCCGAGAUCCUCACCACCCCGGCCCUGUACGACCAGUGGCUCGUCGAGGUCAAGGCCAUGGCCGACCGCAUCAUCACCAUGCGCGCCCUGCUCAAGGAGAACCUCGAGCGCCUCGGCUCCAAGCACGACUGGAGCCACAUCACCAGCCAGAUCGGCAUGUUCGCCUACACGGGUCUGACCCCGGAGCAGAUGGACGCCCUGGCCAAGGAGCACAGCGUCUACGCCACCCGCGACGGCCGCAUCUCGGUCGCCGGCAUCACCAGCGACAACGUUGGCCGCCUCGCCGAGGCCAUCUUCAAGGUGAAGGGUUAA